AUGAAAGCUGAAAUAACAUCAAUUAAACGCAUAGUUAUACUUUCAAUUAUAUCUCGUGCAAUAUGUAUGUUUGUAGCUUAUUCGAGUAAUGGGUUUUUUACAGAUAAUAUCCGUAAUACCAGCUCAAUAACUUUAUUGUAUAAUAAUCAAAACCUUUUGCACCUAUAUCAAAAUACAAAUAAAUGGAGAUUCUUAAGUUCUUUUAUUAAUUGGGAUGCUGAAUAUUAUCUUAGAUUAGCAUAUGUCAAAGAUUAUCAUUUUGAACAUCAACAUGCCUUCUUACCAAUAUAUCCUUGGUUUAUUAGAAAAAUUUGUCAAGUAUUCUUAAGUGGUCAAAAUAUUAAUUCAAUACAUCUUAUAUAUUCUGGCAUUAUUGUAAAUAAUAUUUCCUUUAUUAUUGCUGCAAUUGGGUUAUUUAUGUUUCAAAUGACUUUAUUGUCAAGAUAUCCAGAUUCAAAUAUAGUCUACCCUGGACUUGCUGUACUCCUGUAUAUUUUCCCAACAUCAAAUAUCUUCAAUUCAUCAUUGUAUACUGAAAGUUUAUAUAGUUGUGUCUCUUUUUGGGGUGCCUAUUUUUUAUUAAAUGCAGAAAUAUAUUGUCAUAAAGAAGGAUUUUUUAAAAUUAAAAAUUUGUCAUUUUUAAUUAUUGGCAUUAUUAUGUAUUCAAUUUCUAGUGGAAUAAGAUCAAAUGGUAUUUUUAAUUCAUUUCCAUUAUUUUUUUAUUUCUUAUCAACAUCUAUACCUUUUAAAUUAUCAAAUAUUAAGAGAAUUAUAAUACACUGGAUAUCUGCAUUUAUUUCAUUUAUUGCUGUCAUAUUUCCAUUUGCCUUGUAUAUAUAUUGGUGUUACUAUAGAUAUUGUGUACUAAGUGAUAUUGUACGACCUUGGUGUAAUUCAAAAAUCCCAAAUAUAUAUUCAUUUGUACAGAGCGAAUAUUGGGGAAAUUAUCUAUUUAAUUAUUGGAAAUUACAAAAAGUGGAUAAAUUUUUGUGGAUUAUCCCCAUAAUAGUUCCUAUUGUGGUUUCAUCCAUUAGUAUAGUAAAAUACAAGAUCUAUUCAUUUAAAUCAACUUAUUCGUGGCUUGGAUAUGUACUUCAAAUUUAUUUCUUAUUCAUUUAUGUUUUAUUAUUCGGACAUGUAGAAGUUUUAAUUCGACUUUUUAAUUGUAUCCCCUUAUAUUUUACACUAUUAGCCUAUUUUUACAAGAUAUUUCCAUCAUAUUCUUCAAUUCUACUAUUUUAUCAUAUAUUUACGUUUAUUUUCGGAAAUAUGUGGUUCCCUAAUUUUUUGCCAUGGACUUAA